ACUUUUGUUCCGCCAUGCCCGAACCGGCCAAAUCCGCUCCUGCCCCGAAGAAGGGCUCCAAGAAGGCGGUGACCAAGGCGCAGAAGAAGGACGGCAAGAAGCGCAAGCGCAGCCGCAAGGAGAGCUACUCGGUGUACGUGUACAAGGUGCUGAAGCAGGUGCACCCGGACACGGGCAUCUCGUCCAAGGCCAUGGGCAUCAUGAACUCGUUCGUCAACGACAUCUUCGAGCGCAUCGCGGGCGAGGCGUCGCGCCUGGCGCACUACAACAAGCGCUCGACCAUCACGUCGCGGGAGAUCCAGACGGCCGUGCGCCUGCUGCUGCCCGGCGAGCUGGCCAAGCACGCCGUGUCCGAGGGCACCAAGGCCGUCACCAAGUACACCAGCUCCAAGUAGACGCUCCUGGGGUACCCGGAGACGCCAGCUUCAGACCCAAAGGCUCUUUUCAGAGCCACCACGCUUUCAGAGGGAGAGCUGU